AUGGCUCCUGGGGAUGUGGUGUCGGAGCACGGCAAGCAGCCCAAACCCAAGGAGAAGCGCCCCGCCGCCGCCGCCGCCGCUCCCGUCAAGUCGUCCAAUGUUGACUGCGAAUCGGACGGCUCUUUUGUGUUUGAGGCCCACGAGGCCUGGAAAGACUUCCACAACUCUUUGAGGCAUUUCUACGAAGUGGGAGAGCUCUGCGAUGUCACGCUCAAGGUCGGCAGCAAGUUGAUACCAUGUCACAAACUUGUGUUGGCCUGUGUUAUCCCCUACUUCAGGGCCAUGUUUCUUUCCGAAAUGACGGAGGCCAAACAGAAAGUGAUCGAGAUCAAGGACUUUGAUGGAGAUGCCAUUCAGGAUCUGGUCCACUUUGCCUACUCCUCAAAGCUCACACUCACUGUAGACAAUGUCCAGCCUCUGCUUUAUGCUGCCUGCAUCCUGCAGGUGGAGUUGGUGGCACGGGCGUGUUGCGAGUACAUGAAGGCCCACUUCCACCCGACCAACUGCCUGGCGGUGCGCACCUUUGCCGAGAGCCACAAUCGCGUGGACCUAAUGGACAUGGCCGACCGCUACGCCUGCGAGCACUUCGGCGAGGUGGUGGAGUGCGAGGACUUUACGUGCGUCUCGCCCCAGCACCUGCGGACGCUGCUUUCCUCCGGCGAACUCAACAUCCGCUCGGAGACGCAGGUGUACAAGGCGGCCGUCAAGUGGCUCAAAGCCAACCCGCAACACCAGCACACCUGGCUGGACCACAUUUUUUCUCAGGUGCGCCUGCCGCUGCUCCCCGUUGACUUUCUGACCGGCACGGUGGCCAAAGAGGAGAUGAUUAAAGGCAACCUGAGCUGCCGGGACUUGAUGGACGAGGCCCGGAACUACCACCUGCACCUCAGUGACAAGGCCGUGCCGGAUUUUGAGUAUUCGCUCCGCACCGUUCCCCGAAAACACACCGCAGGGGUUCUGUUUUGCGUGGGCGGUCGCGGCGGUUCCGGCGACCCGUUUCGCAGUAUCGAGUGCUACUCCGUUAGUAAGAACGGCUGGUUUCUGGGGCCCGAGAUGAACAGCAGACGGCGACACGUCGGCGUCAUUUCUGUAGGAGGAAAGGUUUACGCCGUCGGCGGACACGACGGCAACGAGCAUCUGGGCAAUAUGGAGGUGUUUGACCCCUUCACUAACAAGUGGAUGAUGAAAGCCUCCAUGAAUACCAAGAGGAGGGGAAUCGCCCUAGCCGCGCUGGGCGGUCCCAUCUACGCCAUCGGCGGUCUGGACGACAACUUGUGUUUCAACGAUGUGGAGCGCUACGACAUCGAGAGCGACUGCUGGAGCGCCGUGGCCUCCAUGAACACCCCCAGAGGCGGCGUGGGCUCCGUAGCGUUGGGUAGUUUUGUAUACGCGGUGGGCGGCAACGACGGCAUGGCGUCCCUAUCAAGCGUGGAGCGCUUCGACCCGCACCUCAACAAGUGGACCGAGGUGAACGAGAUGGGCCAGCGGCGUGCCGGGAACGGGGUCAGCAAGCUGAACGGCUGCCUCUACGUCGUCGGUGGAUUUGACGACAACUCGCCGCUAAGCUCCGUGGAGCGCUUCGACCCCAGAACAAACCGCUGGGAAUAUGUGUCGGAGCUUACCACCCCGCGUGGCGGCGUGGGCGUCGCCACGGUGAUGAGCCGUGUGUUCGCAGUGGGUGGGCACAACGGUAACAUUUACCUGAACACGGUGGAGGCCUUCGAGCCACGCAUGAACAGGUGGGAGCUGGUGGGCUCCGUGUCGCACUGCCGAGCCGGAGCGGGCGUGGCCGUCUGCUCGUCGCACGUGAGUCAGAUCAGAGACGUCGGGCAGGGAUCCAGCAACGUAGUUAACUGUAUGUGA